CAAGACCCACUAUAUGAAGAUCUAAUUCCUUGUAAAAGUUACGAUUACUUCAAAUUCAAAUUUCGAGAUGAUACAUAUUUAGUUCCAAAUGACAAUGAUAUUGCAAGAUUCAUAUCAGAAACAUAUAGCAAACAACAAAUUAUUGUUGAUGGAGAUGUUUGGUCAUUGUUUACAAAGUGGCAUAACAAACCAUCAUCAUACUGUUUAUAUGAAGAAGUUGUAGAAUUAAAGAAGAUUAAAUAUCUUUUGUCGCCGGCUCGUGUUAUCUUUGAAGACAUAGAUGAACUAAACAGAAAGCAAGGAAUAUAA